AUGACCCUGAUCUCCGCGGGCGCGUGCUGCCUCGGCGCGGAGGCCAAAGAGGCUCGAGUCCUCACGGCGGCCAUCGACCGGCAGCUGCGGCGAGAGAUGAAGGACCUGCAACGGGAAUACAAGCUGCUGCUGCUCGGAACUGGGGAAAGUGGGAAGAGCACCUUCAUCAAGCAGAUGAGGAUCAUCCACGGCUCUGGGUACUCGGACGAGGACAGGAGGGACUUCGCCAGGCUGGUCUACCAGAACAUCUUCUCGGCCAUGCAGGCCAUGAUCCAGGCCAUGGACGCGCUACAGAUCCCCUACAAGUACGAACACAACCAGGCGAACGCCAGCAUCGUCCGCGGCGUCGACGUGGUGAAGGUGACGACGUUGAGGAGCCCUCAGGCGGAGGCCAUCAGGAGCCUGUGGAGCGACCCGGGGAUUCAGGAAUGUUACGGUCAGAAGAGGAAGUACCAGCUGUCGGACUCCGCUAGCUACUUUCUGGAUGACAUCAUCCGCAUUUCUGAAACGUGUUACCUGCCGACGCAGCAGGAUGUCCUGAGGGUCAGGGUGCCCACGACGGGUAUUUUAGAGUACUUCUUUGAGGUGGAGAAUGCGAGGUUCAGGAUGGUGGACGUGGGCGGCCAGCGCUCAGAAAGGAGAAAGUGGAUUCAUUGUUUUGAGGAAGUGACUUCCAUCAUGUUCCUGGUGGCGAUCAGCGAGUACGAUCAGGUGCUCGCCGAGUCCGUCAGGGUGAACCGCAUGGAGGAAAGCAUGGCUUUGUUCCAGACCAUCAUCACCUCCAAGUGGUUCCACGAGUCCUCGGUCAUGUUGUUCCUCAACAAGAUCGACUUACUGGAGGAGAAGAUCCUGCACUCGCAUCUGGUCGACUACUUUCCUGAAUAUGACGGUGAGAGGAAACUUUAGAAUGGCUUUUUCUCUAAAAGGGGACACUAUUGUGAAAAGUGGCAUUAUUAUUAAAAAAGAAGAA